AGACAAAAAGUAAUGUUUUGAUCGUUUUUAUAGAUUUUUUUAUACGAAUUAUACAAAAAAGUGUUAGGAUUAUGAUCUAAAAAGUUUAACUACAAUGAGUCAAAGAGGCCUGCUGUAAUAAAUGCCAUAGAAACAAAACAUAAGUGAGGUUAUUUCAAAAAAAUCAUUGGCAUUGAUUGAUCUUCAGAAGAUACUAAAAAAACAAUGCUAAACUCCUUAAAUGCACCUUACUAUUAGACUUGUAUGCUACACAGUCCUUAUCCAUUGCAUAUUGACUGUUGAAGCUGAAUAUAAAUCUCAUCUGAGCUGUUAUCAUACGAAGGUUUGUCAACAAUCCUCUUCAAGAGAUGGAAUCAGUAAUUUAAGUCCGAAGUACUUACAAGCUGGUGUAGAAGUGCGUGGCAGUAACGUAGACAAAAUGACGAGCGGUUCAGGAGUCAAUGGGUUCUAUCGACCCCGAAGUGCUCUUGCCCGGGCUAUGUAUGAGAAACAGCACAAUGAUAGAUAUCUUCAGGAACUUGACCAGAAUGAGUGGUACCGUGUGAACAAGGAUCGACUGUGUCCCGAGCUGAUCAAGAAGUUCGUCCAAUUGUACCCUGAUGAAGAAACCAAGGAGUUUCUGUCGGCCUCCAUAGAUAAAUCCUCGUGGGUGUGGACGCAGAUCUGGUACCUGCUUGCCAAAGCUGUAUUAAGACACUUCUGGUCCGUCACUGAUAUUAAUGGAUGGUUGGGUCGUGGUUCUAUGUUCGUACUCUCCGAGGCGCAGGCGCGUGCGCUGCUCCGCACUACAGGACACGGCAUCGGCGCGGGCGCAUUAGUCGAUGUCGGCGCGGGAGACGGUGAGGUCAGCCGUCGUUUCGCACACAUCUACCCGCACAACUACGCCACUGAAAUAUCGGCCAGCAUGAGGAAAACAUUAGCCGAGAAGGGAUACAAACUCCUGGACACAGAGAAAUGGCACCACUACCGCCAAUUCGAUUGUAUUUGCAUGCUAAACCUCUUGGACCGCUGCAGCAAGCCAAAGACCAUGCUGAAGCAAGCUAGAGAUGCGCUGGCUCCCGGUGGAGUACUCAUGUUGGCACUGGUCUUGCCGUACAAACCUUACGUGGAAGUGACUUCGGAUCAUAAACCAGAAGAACGUCUGCCGAUUGAAGGAGCUUACUUCGAAGACCAGCUGGCUGCUUUCGUGAAGUUCAUGCGCGAAGAGGCUGGCUUCGAACUGGUCUCGUGGACACGAGCCCCUUAUCUCUGCGAAGGGGACUUUGCACAAGCUUACUAUUGGCUCGACGACUCCGUGUACGUCUUCAAACCUACCGCAGUAGACCCCACUACUUAAACAACAAACGUCUUAUAACAACGAAUAUUAUACUCAAGUAUCUUAAACCUCGUAACCUAUAAGUAACGUUUUUCAUUAAUAAAGGAAAGUUUUUGAAACAACCUUUUGAAUGUUAGUGCGGAACGCGAUAGUGCAGUAUACGUUUCUGAAAUUAGAAACAUAAUGUACUACUUACUAUACAUUUUAUAAGAAUUUGUAUUUGAACAGACUUUUGGAAACUUAACCAUGGUAUUAGAAUUUUUGUAAUUACAUUAAAUGUUAAAUAAUCAGUAUCGUAUACUGUAUGCGUUUGCACAUACGGGUUUAUUGUAAUAAUUGUUAGAUUAAGAAGUUUCAAUUUCGUCCUACUUUGGGCUGAGAUGAUUUUCUUGUAAACCAACAACGCUUUCGCAAAAAAUAAAUCAGAAGGUACUACAUCACUUGGUCAAUACAGAUAGUCCAACCGAUAUCACGUCAGGACGUAAUUACUUAUUAAAUAAAGCUCUUUGCCUCGUGUAAUCUCAUAUCAGGAUUACGAAUACCAAAGCAUCAUUGCUUUUUCGCAUACCGCGAUGGCUGGCCAAAGAAUUUGAAAAUGUUAGUGGACCUAUAGGUCUGAAGAUGCGAACGUACAGGUUUAUGGGGAGGGAGCUCCCUUAGUUGUUACUGGAGGGUGCAUAAGAUUACUUACAUAAUUACAUUCCUAGUGUAGUUCGUAUUCUAUUGACACAUGAAAUCAUUUCAUCCGUACGUAUGUACAACACUCGUCAAAUAAGUACUUAGUUCUUAGUUGAAGGCAUUUACGUUUCAUGAUGUCAAUGUAUUGUUAUGUUGAAUGUUUUGUUUUUGGUUGUUCGUUUGCAAUAUAAUGUUCCUACAUAUCAAAUUAAUUUGAAUUGCGAUUCUUUAUAUUUUAAGCCUGUAUAGUAAAAAAUAGUUUAACUUUUUAAACGUCGAGUAAACACAUAUUAAAUGUAAAAUACCGUGGGGAAACAGUGCACUCAUGCACGCGGUCUUCUUAUGAACCACUGUGUUCUGUAGAUGUUAAAAAGUUCUCCGUUUCCAACAAAGCGAAAGGUAGUGAAUCCAUCGAAUAAUCUGUACAAAAACUAAAGUAGGUUGUAAGAUUAUAUUUUGCUGUUUACGCACAUUUAGGUCUCCACCGAAGCGAAGAGGAGAUGAACAGAGCAGAGAUAUUUUUUAACAACAAAUAGAAUUUCAUUAUUUACUUAUCACUCACUUUCUGUGGAUACCAACUGAACUGAGAUGAAGAUAUCACAUCAUUGAGGUGGAAUGAAUACCAAGAUUUGAUUGAAAUGCUUAAUAUUGAUAUUAUGUAUGUACUUAAAAAAUAUCUGUUCUGGAUUCCGUUUCGGACAUCUCCACAGAUCUCCGUUUUGGUGGAGGCCGAGCAUUGGUAGUUUUACAACGUCAUUAGAAAAUCAAUAUUCUACAUAGAUAUAUUGCGAUGUUAUUGACCAUAUUAUGAUGAUAAGAAAUAGAUGUUUUGUACGUUUUUCUACGGUGUAUUUAUCAUAGUUAUAAAUGCUUAAUCCAUCAAGUAAUACUCAUUAUAGUAUAAUUAUGUAUUUUCAGAGAUAUUCUUAUUAAAUUCCCCAGUAUGGGCGUACUUUUAAAUCAUGGUGAAGGCCUAUUCAUUAUUCUGGUGUAGGCAUCGUCUGCUGAAUUAUCGUUAUGGAAAAGUAUCAUGAACGGAAUCUUUGUCUAGCAAUAUUUUCAGAUGUAGCCUAAGCCUGAAUAUAACAAAAUUUUCAAGCUAACACUAUGACGAGCGUAACGCAAAUACUCAUGAGAAGUGUGCUUUGAGAAUUUGGGGAAAUACUAAUUGAUAUUUUCGAUAUUUAUGAAAUAUUAUAUUAAUAUUGUACUUAUCGUGUAC